CCAGUCCCGGCCCCCGGCCCCGGGCCCCGCUCCGGCAUGGAUGUGAGGUUCUACCCCGCGGCGGCUGGGGACCCCGCCGGCCUGGACUUCGCGCAGUGCCUGGGGUACUACGGCUACAGCAAGUUUGGAAACAACAAUAACUACAUGAAUAUGGCUGAGGCAAACAACGCUUUCUUUGCAGCCAGCGAGCAGACAUUCCAUACACCGAGCCUCGGGGAUGAGGAGUUUGAAAUACCCCCGAUCACGCCACCUCCGGAGUCGGACCCCGCCCUGGGCAUGCCUGAUGUACUUCUACCUUUUCAAGGCCUCAGUGAUCCGUUGCCUUCCCAGGGAAGUGAAUUCACGCCCCAGUUUCCCCCGCAAAGCCUGGAUCUUCCUUCCAUUACAAUCUCAAGAAAUCUCGUGGAACAAGAUGGCGUGCUUCAUAGCAGUGGGUUGCAUAUGGAUCAGAGCCACACACAAGUUUCACAGUACCGUCAGGAUCCCUCCCUGAUCAUGAGGUCCAUCGUCCACAUGACGGAUGCUGCUCGCUCUGGGAUCAUGCCUCCCGCCCAGCUCACCACCAUCAACCAGUCUCAGCUCAGCGCCCAGUUGGGAUUGAAUUUGGGAGGUGCCAGUGUGCCCCACACGUCUCCUUCACCUCCAGCGAGCAAAUCGGCGACUCCCUCCCCUUCCAGCUCCAUCAAUGAAGAGGAUGCUGAUGAAUCCAACAGAGCCAUUGGAGAGAAAAGAGCUGCUCCAGAUUCUGGCAAGAAGCCCAAGACUCCAAAGAAAAAGAAAAAGAAAGAUCCCAAUGAGCCACAGAAGCCAGUGUCAGCGUAUGCCCUGUUUUUCAGAGACACACAGGCUGCAAUUAAAGGUCAAAACCCCAACGCGACCUUUGGAGAGGUCUCAAAAAUCGUAGCAUCUAUGUGGGACAGCCUCGGAGAAGAGCAAAAGCAGGUAUAUAAAAGGAAAACAGAAGCGGCCAAAAAAGAAUACCUGAAAGCCCUGGCUGCCUACAGGGCCAGCCUCGUUUCUAAGGCUGCUGCCGAAUCAGCAGAAGCCCAGACCAUUCGUUCUGUUCAGCAGACCCUGGCGUCCACCAAUCUGACCUCCUCCCUCCUUCUGAACCCUCCGCUGUCUCAGCACGGCGCGGUGGCGGCCUCCCCUCAGACUCUCCAACAAUCGCUCCCUAGGUCAAUCGCUCCCAAACCCCUAACCAUGAGACUCCCCAUGAACCAGAUCGUCACGGCAGUUACCAUUGCAGCCAACAUGCCAUCGAACAUUGGGGCUCCGCUCAUCAGCUCCAUGGUGGGCUCGGCGUCCUCCACCCAAGUGAGCCCUUCCAUGCAAACCCAGCAGCAUCAGAUGCAGCUGCAGCAGCAACAGCAGCAACAACAACAACAGAUGCAACAGAUGCAGCAGCAGCAGCUCCAGCAGCACCAGAUGCAUCAGCAGAUCCAGCAGCAGAUGCAGCAGCAGCAUUUUCAGCACCACAUGCAGCAGCAUCUGCAGCAGCAGCAGCACCUCCAGCAGCAAAUCAACCAACAGCAGCUGCAGCAGCAGCUGCAACAGCAUCUCCAGCUGCAGCAGCUGCAGCACAUGCAACAUCAGUCCCAGCCUUCUCCUCGGCAGCACUCCCCUGUCACCUCCCAGAUCACGUCCCCCAUCCCCGCCAUCGGGAGCCCCCAGCCAGCCUCUCAGCAGCACCAGUCGCAGAUACAGUCUCAGACACAGACUCAAGUAUUAUCGCAGGUCAGUAUUUUCUGAAGACGCACGUAGCAGGCGGAUUUGCGCAUCUGGAGGAGAGUGGCGUCGGAGGGUAAACCACGUGUGGCUGCAACUCGUGAGUCGGUGUUGGUUAUGCAGAAAUGUGUAACAGAUCACGCGGUCCUCUCAAGUGUCUAUUAGAUAGGCAAUAAGAACUACAGUGUAGCUGAAAAUCAUCUACUAGCUGACUCUAAACCACUUUGUUUUUAAACAAGAAAAGCUGUGCUCUUUUAUGUGAUGCCUUUUUUUAUUUAUUCAGGCUCUACCUACAAUAUGUGAAUCAAAACGUUUAAUGAAUCCUGGAACAUACUGAUGAUUAUAAUAAACUGGCCUCUCUGAGUCAUAGCAAAUGGCCUUAUUUCUCCCGAAGUGAAGAAACCACACUUCAAGGCGAUUGGAACUUUCGAAGCCCUAAAAAUAAAAAGCACAGUCGUAACUACCUGAAAUAUGAAGAUCCAGUUUCAUACAAACAUUUGUAUGACGUCAAUCGUUGAUGGCAUUUUUUUGUCAUGAAAAAAAUAAUGUAAAUCACAGACUUUUGCCAAAGCUCUUAUUUUUUUUUCCUUAAAUCUCUCCAGAAAAAAAAAAUGCAAGUGAUUAGAUUCAAUUAUUGACUCCUUUUCACUUUUUACCCAUGACUUCUCCAAAUCAAACCACAGUAUAUGUUGUAACAAUAUCUAUGACUGCUGUUAGCCCAUUAUAUUCAUUCCAAUUAGAAGAAAAGAAUGUGAAUAUUAUAUUCUGUGUUUUGAGUGACAAGUUUCAAAAAUUAAAAACACUGUAUUUUUAAAAGGGAAAUGCACUUAAAUGAAGACAGUUAUUACAAAAGUUAAGAUUUAAAAAAAAAAGCAAGAGUUUUUAUUAUGAUGU